UUUAUUUGGAGCUUUGAAGAGGGAAAUCCAAUCCCGUUGAAAAGUCUACCAUUAACGGAGCUUUUCGAUCUUCAAAUUCCCUGUUUGGUUGUUCUUCAGAUUUAGGGUUCUUCAUUUGAUUUGUUUGUUUCAUAGGAGAAAGAAGAGGUUUCAGUACUUGUUGAAGUAAGUUUUUCUUUUCUCCUCAAUUGUUUUCUUCCUGGAUUUCGCCAAUCUCAAUGUUGUUUUGAACCUCGAUCUGAUUGUUGCAUAAACUGUUGACGUUUAUGCAUCGAAAUGGAUAGUAAAACUAGAUAUGUUGAAUUGCAAUCCCAGAUUGAUAUCCAAAACCUCAGAUCGGCUGCCCCUAAACAUUCCGAUGAGGAAGGUUUAAUAGGAUCCAAAAGAUUGAAUGGAAAUGCGGAUGGUAAGGAUGAUCUCUUCGAUGAUUUGGAUUUUGAUGUCGAUAGCCAUCCGCUUAUCACUGGGGAAUCUCGAGGGGGGUCGGGGGUUUCUGGAGCUGUUUUUAAUCUCACAACGUCGAUUAUUGGCGCUGGGAUUAUGGCUCUACCGGCCACCAUGAAAGUUCUUGGAGUGGUUUUGGGGUUUGUUCUGAUAGUUUUGAUCGGUAUUUUAUCUGAGUUUAGCGUUGAAUUGUUAGUGAGAUUUUUGGUUAUUUCUAAAGCUUCUUCAUAUGGGGAGGUUGUUCAUUGUGCAUAUGGGAAAUCCAUGAAGAUCCUGACUGAAAUCUGUAUAAUUGUGAACAAUGCUGGUGUUUUGAUUGUUUAUUUGAUUAUUAUUGGCGAUGUUAUGUCUGGUUCUGUUCAUCAUUCUGGGGUUUUUGAUCAGUGGUUAGGACAUGGAUUUUGGGAUCAUAGAAAGCUUUUGAUUUUGGUUGUGUUGGUGGUUUUUCUAGCACCUCUCUGUGCUCUCAACAAGAUUGAUUCCUUGAGUUUGACGUCUGCUGCUUCAGUAGUUCUUGCAGUUGUCUUUGUUGUAGUUGCUUGUGCCAUAGCAUUGAUUAAGCUUGCACAAGGAACGAUUGAGCCUCCGAGAAUGAGUCCUGAUUUCGGAUCGAAGAAGGCGAUUUUAGACCUUCUUGUUGUGGUUCCGAUAAUGACCAAUGCUUAUGUCUGUCAUUUCAAUGUCCCGCCUAUCUAUAACGAACUCGAAACGAGGUCUCCCCAGAAGAUGAAUACAGUGGGGAGGAUUACAACUGUGAUAUGCAUUUUAGUUUAUGCUUUGACUGCUAUUUCUGGUUAUCUACUUUUUGGAAACGAUACCGAGUCCGAUGUGCUGACGAACUUUGACAAGAACCUAGGAAUUCGAUUCAGCUUCGCGUUGAAUUACAUUGUUCGAAUUGGUUAUAUUCUUCAUUUAGUUCUUGUGUUUCCAGUUAUCCAUUUCUCCUUACGACAAACUGUCGACGAGUUGAUAUUCGAGGGAUCUGCACCACUUUCAGAGAGCAAGAAGAGAUCUCUGGCCUUGACAGUUGUGUUGUUGGCACUGAUCUAUUUUGGUUCAACCAUGAUUCCCAACAUUUGGAUGGCCUUUAAGUUUACAGGGGCAACAUCAGCGGUGUCGCUGGGGUUCAUAUUGCCAUCGGUUGUUGCGUUAAAGCUAAGCAAGACGAGCGGGCCGGGGAGCUUGAACGCUACAGAAAAGUUCCUAUCAUGGUUGAUGUUAGGGCUUGCUGUCAUUGUUGGUAUUGUUGGAUUGAUUGGAAAUAUCUACAGCUUAAGCUAUCCGUCCCAGUAACCAUUCUUUCAAGUAUUUCGAAAGUAUAUUCUUACAUAAGACUCGUCGAUUCAUGUUAGCUGAUUUAUAUGGCGUCGAUUCGAGAACGCAUACGCAAAUGGCAUUGCUCGUGAAUUAGGGGACCGCUAUCGAAAGAGUUGUGUAUGCUAACGUUUGAAUGUUUCAUCUUACUCGAGCUGCACUGCUCAAAACUUCUUGAACAGAAUACCCUGUACUUAACAAGUUGAUAUUGUUUUGCAACUGUAUCAAGCUGCUGAUUAAAA